CCAUUAAUUGCAAAUGGAGAAAAGUAAGAGCAUAGGAGGGAGAAAAGGUGCAUGGACAUAUGAAGAGGACAAGCUACUGAAAGCUUGUAUUGACAAGUAUGGUGAAGGAAAAUGGCAUUUAGUUCCACAAAGAGCAGGAUUGAAUAGGUGCAGGAAAAGUUGUAGAUUGAGAUGGUUAAAUUAUUUAAACCCAGCUGUCAAUAGAGAAAGUUUUUCUGAGGAUGAAGUUGAUAUGAUCUUAAGGUUACACAAACUUCUAGGAAAUAGAUGGGCAUUGAUUGCUGCAAGACUUUCCGGUAGAACAGCUAAUGAUGUGAAGAAUUACUGGCAUACACAUUUACGCAAGAUGGUUUCAAGAAAGUUAGAAGAAAAGAAAGAAAAAGAGAAACCUAACGAAACGAUGAAAAAUCAUGAAAUUAUAAAACCUCAACCUCGAACUUUCUCAUCUCAUUCACCAUGGUUGAAUGGGAAACAUAUCGUGCAACCAAUAGUGGCGCUUUCAACGGAAGAUAGUGACAUAGAUACUAUGGUGCCAAUUAAUGAUAAUGGAGAUGAUGCUAUGUGGUGGGAAAGUUUGUUGAACAUGAGCAAUGAUCAAAUUGGCUCAUGCUCUUUACUACAAGAAGAGGGAAAUUCUAUUUUAGAGUUACCAAGUGUUGAGAACAUUUAUAUUGAAGACUCCAAUGUCAAUGAUUUUCAUUGGGAUUCCAUCCUUUCCGAAUUUGAUUCUCUUUGAGAUAUCUUAAAUUAAGAUUUGAAUU